CCGCAAACGCGUCUUUUGUCAGCAACUCUCGGGAUGCCGCGGUCGUCGGCCAGCGGCAUUUCGCCACCGCGCCGCCCGCCCGCAGCAAGUCGCGGUCCUCCCAGACAAAGUCCUGGGAUAUUUACGGUGGUCAUCCCUCUAAAAGCUCACCCCAUGCCGUUGGUGCUGUCCCGUGGCGGUCUGUCCCGUCUCCAACCGCACGGAGCGUGCCCCAGGCCGCCCCAGCCGACCGGUGGCCGGUGGCUCAGCGUUCAACUGCCGGGACCACCGCCCGGCCCAGCGAGACCGACCCACGGCACUCGGCUCCAGCCGUCACUGCUCGUCCCGUGCCGUCGAAUCCGUGGCAGACAGCUUCAAAGUCGGCCACUCGAGGAGGACUCGGUCCAUCCACAGCGGGUCGCUGGAAGGGCGACCUGCCGCCGAUACCCCAGAAGUCGUGUGUGCUGUCAUGCUGCCAGAAACGCGUUCAGCAUGACAGCAGACGGCUGCAAUUCAGCGACGGUAGUGGCGGCCGAAAAGGAGAGAGAUUUAGUCUCGUGUGAUGCUGUCUCAGCGGACGGCGACCGGUGCCCCCUCGGCGCCCGUCAGUUCCUCGAGCUCAGCCGGGGCUCCUGCCGGCGCGGUUCCCUCGCUGGCUGAGCUGAACGCCACCGUUCAGAAGCAGGCCGUUGAGCUGCGCCGCCUGACUGUGGUACAGCGGCGCCGCGAGCUGGAGGAGGAGUUCAUCAAAGCCGAGCUGGCCAGGAUCCGCCGUGACGUGAAGAAGCUGGCGGCGGGCGGCUCGCUGCGCUCGGCCGGUGACCGCUCGCCGGCGCCCGCGCCGGACGACCCGCCGCCCAAACGGCUGUCGAGCCGCGUGCUGACUGUCGAGGACACGGAGCUGAUCACGAGGCGGCUGAGGGUGCUGGAGGAGCAGGUGAACGUGCUGCAGGAGCACCGGAUCAACCAGCUCAAGGCGGCCGUGGCCAGAGAUAAGGAAUCCACCGACCUGGGUACCUCGCCGCUGGCCUGCGUGGACGACCACUUCCCGGCUGAGCCCGAGGACGUCACACCCACUGAGAACGGCCGGCUGACAGAGCCUCUGGGCUUCAACCUGGAUGAUCUGGCGCUAAGUGACAGUGACGACCACUGAGGGCAGCAGCGGCGGUCUCCGUUUCAAUAUAGAUGACGCCACGCUCGACCGGAACUGCAAGCUGGUGCGCGACACGAUCGUUGGACUGAAAACGUAAGCGGAUUUAUCUGCUGAGGGCUGACUUCCACAUAUUUGAUCGAUGAAUCGAUGAAUUAGAUAUGGGUCUCAAAUUGGAUAGCAUCCAUCCGGUACAUGCAAUCUACAAAUCAUUCCUUUGAUAGAUUAUCGGAAGGCUACAUUGCACAGUUAAGCAGCUGAUAGGGAGCUGAAGGAAAGGAACGGGACCACCUUAGCGAUAUUAGAACUUGGAGACAGUGCAACGGAGUCUGCUGGUUACUGGAAGCUUCAGGGGCAUGGAUAAAACCGUAGCAUGUCAAUGGUCAUCUUCUGUGUCCCUGGUUACACCUGGCAAGAUGCAUACUCGUUCAAAAAUCUCGGAAAGUUUGACUUAUAGGUCGAGUGGUGAUUCGCGGCAGAAAGAAUGUGCUGUGUGACUGCAGGUAUUUGGGAGGGGGGGGGGGAUAACGUUGUCUGAAGGGUUCAAGGGAUUGCGAUUCAUUAGAAGAUGAGAUCGUGGGCUUUGGUAAAGGGGCAUUACCAGAAACUCAGUUACCAUUUGACGUAACCGAUCGUAUUGUGAUUCGGGGAAAAGAUUGAUUCGGAAAGUUCAUUUAAAACGGCCCAAUCUAGUAAGAAUCGCGCCUGCUCGGCCAGGUUCGCGCAGUAGGAUGAUUACACUUUCAGAUGUAGAUGUUUAAUGAGGGUCGAGUGCCGGUGGGGCGACAGUUUGAGGCAGCGGAGGGCUGGAGGUCGCGAGCUCUGAACAGAUCACGGGUAGACGCUGUGUAGAGGGGUGGGUAGUUCCGUGGGUGGGGAUCCCUGGAGAAUCGGAGAUCUUACAUAACCAUGACCACGUUUCCAUGGGCACUCGUGAUCCGGAUCAGCAAAUUUAAAUCGUAUAAUAUUUCUCGAACUCUUCGUUACAAGUUAUAAUUCAGAGUGGAUUAAGCUAUUGCAAUCAGUUAAUCCCUUAUUCAAAUUUUCAUAUACUGGCUAGCUAUAAUCGAUUAGCUAAUCCACUUUUGCUGAUCUGGAUCACAGGUGUCCAUGGAAACCGGGCUCAUAACCUUACAUAUGAUCUCUGUGCCGGGCCAGGUCAGUAAGAGCCAAGGCGCGAUUUGGCGUGUUCUGGGUUCUGGGAGCGACGGUCUAGCUGCUGGGUUUCGGUUGAGCGAGCGGUGAAAAGUGGCCAGUUGCGAGUGAAGGCAUUGCAUGCAUGGUUCAAGUUGAACACCGAAGCGUUACGAUUGUCUGUAACUCUGCUCUGUGGUCGCUGAAGCCAUGCUAAACCAUUUCGCUGGUUCCAUUCAAAGCCGUAAUAACCGCAGAUAUUUGCGAGGCAGAAGCUUUAUCUUGCCAUUUCUACAGCUUUGUACAUAAGGGCUCUGUACAGGCUAGUUAAGGCAUCAGGGUACACGGUGGCAUACAAGUGUUUGUGCGCAGUGGUGGGUAGCGCGAGUCCUGUGCUGGGUAUUUUGUAAGGAUUCAGUGUUGGGUUCUCUUUCGCUAAGAGAUAUUGUCCUAAGUGUUCAUCGUGAUUGUUUUUGGUCCUUUGUUUGAGAUACUUGUCACCAUGUAGAUUGAUUCCCAACUGCCAGCCUUCAUAUGCUCUUUGUUUUCAAUGCAUAAUGCUACGAUGGCCAAGUGUGCUGAUUGCGAUACUGAUAUCUAUAAUUCCGGUCUGGUCCUUUGAUUGUGAGUCUGUGAGGAGUACUUAUUUGUACGGGUCGUUGCUAAAUUGUGCUUUCUUUUAUACAAAAAGGCGCGGAACGUUAAGAUGCAAGCGUUCGCUCGCACGUUUCACAGAAUGCUUGCAUCUUCGAGCUGUUGUGCCCACACAUACUUCGAAAUUCGAAUCAUAUGGAAAUUGAUCAGCUUCAGUAAAGAAGUGAGGCCCCUGACAUACUAUGAUUGCAGUAACUAUACGUUAGCAACGAUUUGUGCUUAUGUUGUAGUCUAUUCUGAUUGCGUAGAAAGUUCAUUUACGCAUGAUCUCCUUUGUUUACGCCAAGGUAAUAGCAAGGUUUUUGCGUGAUUUAAGUUGAAAUUGUAUAACCGCAGCUGUGUAUCCAAUGUGAGCACUCACCGUUUGUGAAAUAGUGGCCGGAAGGUUGUACUUGACCCUGCACUUGUGAUUCCUUGAGCUCAACGCUGAAUACCUGCUCUUUCUAAGCGUGGCCUCAGAGGAAAGUCUAGAUAAAGGAUAAAUGUACAGCUACCUACUUUGAUGUCAGUUUAGGGAUUGAUUGCUCUGCAUCAGUUGUGUCACAUUACGAGAGCUUGUGUCUUGUUUCACGGCCUUUCUACAGUAAUUUUCUGAACCAGAAAUUCUAAGAGGUUUGCUGAUGGAGUGGUGCAUUUUGACCGUAUCUGUGUACAUAUGAUGGUGUUCAGUAUUGAGGGCGUGGAGUUUUAGCUUAAGGAUGGCUUGAGUAAGGCAUGGUUAUCAUGCAUUGCUCGCCGCUGUGUGCAUCUAGAUUCCAUUGUGUGCGUAACAACACCUGUUAUUAUACGGAGUAGCGGAAGCAAGAUCACGUUUACCUGCGUGUGUUCGUAGCUGUGAACCGACAAUAGCAUUUGUACUGAACCGACGUGUGUUUUAAUAUAUACUGCAGAAACAA